GUGUUGAAUAAAUUAACCUAAAGUUCUUUCGAUUUAAAGGGAUCAAGAACUUAUUGACACAAUUAAAGUCUAAUAUUUGCGGACUAAAUAGUUAUAAAGUAUUUUGGUUACAGAUGAAAGGACUAAAGCUAUUAGGUUUGGCUGCUGCACAAUGUUAGAUAUAACUGUUUUCUGGAAAACCUCGGCUAAAUACAAUCGCGGUCUAUAAAUCAUAUCACGAGUCCUUUAAUAUGCUUUAUCACGUAAGCGCCUAGUUAACGGCUCUCUAAUUAAGGUAUUGUGAUUUUGCAUGGAGACAAUAUUUGAUAAUUGCGCUGGGGUUUUUUCGUUGUAGAAAAUGUAUUGAUAAUCGUACGCUGUGGAUACUCAGAACGUUAAAACAUCGAUGGAAGCAUGCAGGCUUGGAUUUGACGAAAUGUUUUUGGAUACUCGCAGUGUUCAGUAAUGUGGAGUUAAUGCAGAUAAUGGCAAUUCUAAGAAAACAAUUGCUCUCGCAAAUUGUGAAUUUUCCUUGAAAUGAAACAGCAUUUAACUACGCAGAUGUUUUUGCGAGAUUAAGAAACGAAAAUCUCGAGAGUUUCUACCUUAUAUAGAUUAUUAAUUAGAACAGAAUGGAUUAGAAAGGUUUAUAUAUGGAAUAAUUUUCCGGAGAUUAAAUCGUGGAAGUUGCGAGUGAGAGAUAGAUUAACUUUACUUUGUAUUCCUCGUUGAGACUUCGGAUCUUGUUACCAAUAUGAUUCUCAGGUUAGGAGAGGACUCAAACUUAUGGACGCCACUUCUUAGGCUUCUGUUACGUGUUAUUAUGGCCUGGCUCUUUGAAUGGAAAGUAUUCGCAGCAGAGCCGAGUUUUGGAAUACCUGCUAUUAACGUUACGGUGAUAGAAGGGGACACAGCGGUCCUAGAAUGCUCAAUUUUACACCUUACUGAGGAGCAUCAGGUUGUAUGGACCGAUGCGGAGGGAUUUCUGCUUACACAUAAUGCUAAACGGAUCAUAGAUGACAAACGUUUGAGUGUGGAAAGGCCUCUUAAACAGCUGUGGAACCUACAUAUUCGUGAUGUUCAUUACUCAGAUAGGGGGAAAUAUGUAUGCCAGAUUAGCACACAGCCACCUAAACAUAAAGAUGUUAUUUUAAAUGUACUAGUUCCUCCGUAUAUCAUAGAGCAGUAUUCAAGCAAAGAUAUGACGGUGCAAGAGGGAGAUACAGUCACACUUGUGUGUAAUGCUACGGGUGUCCCGCAGCCUGAAAUUAGUUGGUUCCGAUAUUUAUCAGACUCUAUGCAAGAAAAAGAGAGAAUUGGAUCACGUGGUGAGGUUUUAAUCAUUCACAACGUGUCACGUGAAUGUGGAGGAACUUACGUGUGUGAAGCAGACAGUGGUGUUGAGCCGCGACAGACGCGGGAAAUUAAACUGGUGGUGCAGUACCCACCUGAGGUAUUUUUGCCGUCAGCAAGAUUAGGCCAGCAUCCAGGCCGAGAGACAUUCCUACAAUGUGAGGUGACAGCACAUCCUCAUGGCACCAUGUUCUGGGAAAAAGAUGGGAGGGAUCUUGCAGCGGAUAGAAGUGGAAAAUUCAAUGUCGAAAUUUUCAACACAGACUACGACCAGAAGAAGAUUUUAAGCCUGCGAAUAAGAGAAAUAAAAAAUGAAGAUUUCGGACAAUACACGUGUGUAGCUGAUAACUUUGUUGGUGCUGACCAAGAAACAAUGAUACUGUAUGAUUAUUCCAUACAUAUGCGCAGACGCACAACAACGACGGCCAGUCCAAUAAUUGUACCGCCAGUUGUAACCGACCAUUGGAUCCCGGUUGACAGCAAUGGGCCUAUAUAUAACCAAGAAAGAAGCAAUAACCGUAAUGGUAAGCAUAUUUGAGCCGCGCCA